GAGCCUCCUCCACUAGCAGCCAAAGCCUGUCCAUAAAAUCCAUCCUCUUCCUCCCUCCAUCUGGCAGUGUGCGCAGGAGAGAGAGGAGGGGACGGAGAGAGCGUGUGUGCGUGUAUCCACAGGGUUUCGAGGCAGAGGCAGCAUCCCUCCCUCAGACAGAGACACAGACAAGAGGAGGUGUCUCUUCCACAGCAGCAUCACUGUAGAAACGGAACGCUAGGCAGCAUCAGCAGUCAGUGGUCGCUGCAGCGACAAGCGCAUCCGAGGAGUUCCAGGACUUCCUUCCAGGACUGUAGAAGCCAACUGCCUGCUCAUGCUGGGGGCUCAGCGAGGGGAACUGUGGCCAGUUUUUCAUCCACCUCCUCCUCCUCUGCUGCUUCACUUUCUCACUGAAGGACAUCUCUGAAUGAACCUCCUGCUCACUGUGGGGUAGAGUGGGUGAACAGACAGUGAGUGAGAUACCAGGAAAGGCAUAAAGAGUGGAAUCAGUGGGUUUGAGCGAGUGGGAAAGGGAAAGAGUGAGAAGUAAGAGAGAAGUGGGAGUGGUAAGGAAAUUGUGUGUGUGUGUGUGUGUGUGUGUGUGUGUGUGUGUGUGUGUGUGUGUGUGUGUGUGUGUGUGAGCGAGUGUGUGUGAGAGAGAGAGAUAGUGAGUUAGUUAGUGUCAGUGUGUUUUGGAAGAUGGUGACUGAUAUGGCAAGGAUGAUCCGAGCUCAGACGAGCCUGAAACUGUGGUCCCGUCAGCUCUGUUCUUCAGGAGGGAGGAAAGGCAGACCUACACAUUGUUUCUACUACUGACCAGAAGAGAGGUGAGAAAGACAGAAAGAAAGAGAGAGCGAGCACUCUGUGUGAGGAAGUGUUUUGUAUUCCCACUGAGGCUGGUAUGAUCAAAUUUGGUGAGCGUGGCCAUUUGUAUCUUCUACAUGGUCUCUCUUUGCCUUCUAUAACUGAUUUUGUGCUGUAAAUUUCAGUCGAAAACAGGGUUAAAAGAGAAUACAAGUGUGUGUUUAAGAGAGAGAGAGAAAAUGGGGAGAAAAGGGGUAAAAACAAAACAGAGGAUGAGAGAAAUUAUGACAUAAACAGAGAAAUUGCUUCCCUCCUGUCUUCCCAGGUGAUGUGUCAGAUUUUCUCGCGUCACUAUUGGCAGAAGCGGUUUGAAGGUUCAAGUUCUCCCCUUUUAUUCUCUUCUCUUCCUCCCUGGAUCAAAAGACAUAUAAUUUAUCUCCUCUGGUCACUUUUGAAGAAUGCACAGCUCUAUUUUGAAAGGGAAGUGGUAACAAGACUGGAUUUCACACUCCAUCAGAGGGAACUUGAUUUUGAUCCAUUUCUUUCCAAUCAUUUAUGUGCUUAAGAAAUUGGAGAGAAUUUUUUUUUAAACCAAAGAUGUGCCAUUCCGUCUGACGCUCCGUGAGAGAUUACAUACUUCAUGUCAUGAGGAGCAUUCAUCACUUCCUUCCUCAUAGAACACUUAUUAUCCAGAUCAGAUAAAAGUUGGAAAAUCUCACCAUUCGGUGUCUACUUAUAAUAAGACGACAUCUCCAAGAUUAAAAAAAGAUUCACUUCAGUCCUGGUCUAAUAAGUUCUGAAAGUAAGGCAAUGUUGGGAGUUCCCUUUUUUCACCUGCAUCGGAUUUUAUAAGAGUUUAGACUGGACCUUGAGGAUCUGUCUCUCUUAUGCAUAGUGUGAUGCAAAAAAUGAAUCCAUGUACACAUGGAAAAUUCUGCAUGAUAGACAACAGCUUUCAGUCCAAUAUUACCCCAAAGGACUUGCAUAUUCUCACACAUACACACUAAACACAUGCUACUCACACAGAUACAAUGAAGUGAACCACCUCUCUAUUACAUUGUGCACAUUUGCUUUCUUUUUCCUGGAGUUUGGCAUGUGUUCCUUGGAUCUAUCAACAUAACCAUCCUUCAAUGAUUCCACAACCUUCCAUUUCAACCACAUCUCUCCCCAGAGCCCCGAGAUGGAUCCCUGCAGUACACAGCAAGAGGAGGCUUGACCUCAGACCCAGCGAGGUCUCUCGGCUGGCCAGGCAUUUUUAAGAUGUUGAACCCUCCCUGUGAGGCCCGAGCCCCAGAUCGGAUCAGUAGCACUGUGGCUCCCGGUGGCCCCAGACAUGGAUCGUGGCUCGGCUUGCCCCUGCCCUCAGCGCUCCGCACUCCGGCCCAUGAGCAGCCUGUGAAGGAUGUCCCAGAGCGGAGCUCCGGCCCGGGAACCCUCUGAGACCCCCAGUCAGAGAGAAAAGAUCCGCAGCCACAUGAAGAUGGUGAUCAAGCAAUUGGAAGGAAUUCUCAAAGAGCUGAAAGAUGUGGCACAUGAACUGCGGGAGGUGGUGGGUCAGAUUGACAAACUCACAUCAGAUUUUGACUUUGACUUGGAGCCAGAUGAUUGGACGGUGGCAACAGCGAGCAGCACUUCGAGUAGCGAGCGUGGUCUGGGUGAGGCCUUCAGAUUGGACUUCCUCAGCCAGGACAUGCUCUCAGAUAGCUGGGAUUUUUGCAACUUCUUGGAGGCAUCUAACACAGCAAACCAGAAAGCACACAGGGAGGAGGUGGAUGACAGACAAGGGAGGACUUCAUCGGCCACACCUACACCCGCCACUGCCAGCGUCUACUCGCAGAUGAAUGGGGGUCUCCCCAUCCCUAACGGACCUUUAAUCAUCACCCCAGACUCCUCCAGCGAAGAAGUGUCCAGCUCAACACACAGUCAGAAGACCUCUCGCACAUCCGGGACAAGAGAGAGGGUCCGCUUUAGUGACAAAAUACUCUACCAUGCCUUGUGCUGUGACGAUGAUGAAGAUGAGGAAGAUGAUGGUGCAGAGGAGGAAGAUAAAGGGGAUUGUGGCACCCCAGACACGGACAGUGAACCUAGCCCACUGGCUUGUUCACCCACGCCCUCUUUGUCCUCCUCUGACCACACGCCUGGUCUUUAUAACUGUACAGAAAUGGCCUCUGCGGGUCCCUCGCCCGUAAAGGUGCCAGUAGUAGGUUCUCACACGCUACCCAGGAAAGGUCUUCUUAACCCAGGCUGCCGAAAAAAACUGCUACGAAAUAGCAGCACGCAAACAGUAUCGGAUAAAAGCACUCAAACUGUACUGCCCUAUAUUCCCAUCAAACAGAAAACCAAGGACCUCUGAGAGAAUGCCUGACUUUAAAUGUCAAAAAAGGAAUAAAAGUAUGGACUAAGGAAUAUUGCAAAGAACUAUAUACUAUUUAAUAUUAAAUACAUAGAUAAUAGAUUAAAAACAAAACAAUAAAUGAAUUACUAAAUAAAUUAUAUAUGUGAAACUUUCAAGACUUGCUAAAGUCAUUUUAUGACUAAUGCGUUUGGAGUAUUUUUAUUGCACAUAUUUAAAAGAGUUGAGUUAAAUGAAACAGUAUUUAUUUAUUUAUUUGUGAGGUCUUGUAUGAUAUAUUGUUGCCCCUUCGCUCUUUAAUCUGAGGUUUCUUUCCUAUUAAGAGGUUCAGCUCUUUUAAGGGGUUAUUCAGUUUGAAAUUAGUUUUAUUAAUACAGAGCUGUGCAUUCUACAACUUUCUAUUCCUCGAACUGUAGUUAGGAAAAGUUUUGAAUGCUGUUUUGUGUGCAGAUGACAAGACCCAUACACUCUUGUCUAUGUAUGAGCAGCUGCAAGAAGAACACUGUGUGACUUUCCUUUGAUUUUUUUUAUAAAGUAUUUGAGGAUCCUACCCCUAGUACAAAACGUUUGGUUUGGGGGAAUGGGAUGAAGGGAUAAAAAACAGAAUUAUUUUGAAGUGCCUGCAUUCCACUCUGACAUUUACACUCCUUCUCUUACCUCUCUCCUCUCCGCGGGGGAAAGCAAGGUCGUUGGGGGUGAUGACUUGAAUCUCAGCGCACAAAGCCGUGAUGCAAAAGGUUAUGUCUCCCCAUUUUUUAGCCCAGUGGGGAUUGUGCACUCAAUAGUGCUGUGUUUUAUUCAAAGGGAUGUUGCCAAUAGCAUAGCUGAUCGAUCCGAUGGGUUGAAGGCUCGGUAAGGGGGCUUCUGUGCUGAGUCCCUGGCUCCCGGCUUCGAGGGACUGUAACAAAAACCUGCCUCUCUGUUAGAGCUUUUGGUAUUCACUCUACAGCGCAAAAACAAUUCUGUGGUGGGAAGGGGCGGAGGGUGGCGAGAAACGAGUGAGUGGGAGGAACAGAGAGAGAGAAAGAGGGAGAGAAACUAUACAUUAGAGAAAAUGGAGAGGCAAAUGAAGGGCAAAGUAGCCCAGCAAAAUGAGUCUUUGAAGACAGAUUGUUUUUAAUUACCACCUCAACGUAAUAAUUUACUCAAAAUCAUCUCCCAGAGGAGCAGAGAUGGUCAGGGCAAUAGAUCCUGUGCUACCAUGUCUCUCUGCAAUCUACAUAUUAACACUCUUAUACAUUUUAAAUACUAAACACGUUUAACAAUUGCAAUCAGAACCUAAUUUGGUCAGAUUGUGGAUUGCAAUCAAGUACACUGAUUGAUGACAAUUGGUGUAUACAGUACUAAAGAAAAUUGUAUAUUUACUGUAGCUCAUAUGUAUUAUGUAUGCAAAAGUUCACAAUACAUGACAGAGGAGCUGUCUAAAGAUAUCCAAAAUAAAGUUUAUGCCAAG